CGCUCUCGCCACGUGACAUAGGCGGCCGUGCGGGGCGGGGGGGGCUAAGCUGUGGCUUCAAGAUGGCGGCGCGCAGGCCGGGGCCCGGCACCGCCGGGGGGAGCCUGUUGUUGAAGCUUUAUUGUUCCUGCUGCUGCCGCGCCGCUCCCAAUAAAGCUGGUUCGCAUUAAAGCAGUGUGGCAUCUGAAGGAGGAAGAGGCCAGUAGACCACUGGAGCAAUGGAGCUUCCCAAUUACAGCAGGCAGUUUCUACAGCAGCUUUACACGCUCUGCAAAGAGCAGCAGUUCUGUGACUGCACCAUCUUCAUUGGGACUGUGCACUUCAGAGCACACAAGCUUGUGCUGGCUGCUGCCAGUCUGCUCUUUAAGUCCUUGCUGGAUAGCACAGACACCAUCUCCAUUGAUGCUUCUGUGGUGGCUCCUGAUGAGUUUGCUCUUCUGCUAGAAAUGGUGUAUACCGGCAAGCUACCACUUGGCAAACAUAACUUUACCAAAGUUAUCUCUGUGGCUGACAGUCUGCAGAUGUUUGAUGUGGCUGUUAGUUGCAAAAACCUUCUCAGUGACCUCAUCAACUGCUCCACUCAGAAUCAGGUAGUGAGGGACAGCUCCAUUCAGACAGUAGAUUCAUCCAGAAAUAAUAUUGAUGCUAAUGAGCUACCCCAGACUGAAAACCCUCCUGCUGAAGAUGCUACAGAUGCUCAGCUUCCUGAAAAGGCUUCAACUUCUGUUGGCUCUGAAGAACCUGAAAUGGAGACAGUCACCUCCACCACAGCGCAAGAAAUUACUGUGACUCACGCCUUGGGCCAUGAGGGGAUUCUGGAGGAGGAAACCCCAAUGGAUUCAAAAUCCCGCAACGAGGAUUCAAAUGCCCAUGCUGACCACCAUUCCCCUUCCAGGCAGGACAGCUGUGAGGAAGGGGAGGCUACUGAGCCCGUGAAGAAGAAAGGAAAAAUUGGUGAUCCAGAAGCAGAGAGCAAAACCUGUAAACUGGAUUUCCUGCUUCAGUAUGAAGGUGUUUUCUCAGAGGCCCUUUCUGAUACCAAGACCGUGCUGAAGAGACUGGAUGAGUGCAGGGGAAUUGAAGGGUCUCAGAGAGAGACGCUAGUGGCAUGCUUGGAAGACACCAAAGAACAGUCAGCAUUCAAGAGCUUGCUCAGCAAAGUGAGGGAUGAGCAGAGUCUGGAUGCUGAGGCUGUUGUGUCUGUACUGAAGCUGUUCCGAAACACACAUCCCAAGAUAAACGCAGCACUGCUGGAGAGAGAGCAGGACAGUGGAGAGACCCUGCAGCAAACAGGGAGCACAGAAGAGGGAAAGACCCUGUCUGCUCUAUUACUGGAAUACAGGGAAGAACUGAUUCAGAGCAUAACACAGCUGAGCCCCAUCACAGAGUUCCUAGAAACAGGAGAGGAGGGAUUCCUGACUGGCUUGGAGAAGCGGGUGAUUCUGGAUUGCUGUGAAGGCAGCUCCCACGGGGAGGCAAUGGAGAGUCUGCUCAGGAAGGUGGUGGAAGAGAAGACCCUGAAAGCUGAGAGCUUGGUAAAACUCCUUGGGGCUGUAAAAGCAUCAUUCCCUGAUCUGCACCUUCUGCUAGACAAUUUGGUGGCAGCAGCAGUUGUGUCUGAUGGCACAGCCAGAAGGACCCCAGAGGAUUAUGGGACCCAAUUACUGAAACGAUACCAAAAAAACUUUGCAGAGCUCUUCAUGGACACACAGAUGCUGCUGCGAGGGAUCUCAGCUGCACAAAACUUAGCUCCUGGAGAAAGAGAGGUAAUGGAACAGAUUGUGAAGAGGGAGACUGACUCGAGUGGUUUCAGCUCACUCGUAUCUGCAGCACUGGAAGAACAAACUGUGUCGGUGACUGCCGUUUGGCAGCUGCUACUGGCAGUGCGAGAGGCAGAGCUUCCUCUGAACCUGCUCAUUGAGGAAAUCCGGAAGGAACCCGAUGCAGAGUUUUUCUUCCAAACAGUGGCCACCAGUGAAAGUACAGCCAUCGAGAUAAUACUGAGACACAGCAAGCUGAUCACGGAGGCCAUCAAGCAGAGAGCUGGACUGGAGGGCUUGGCUCCAGGAGAAGUGGGCCUCACAGAGGCAGUGAAAGAGCUACUGAGUAUUUCUUCUCAGAAGGAGAGUUCAGAGGCCUCCUUGAAAGCAGCUCUGAGCGCUGCACAGGAGAAGUCUGUACCUGCCAUCAAGAUCUGUCAGCUGUUAUGCACUGUUCAUGAGUCUUUCCCAGGCCUACAACCAGUGAUGCAGGAGCUGGGGCAUGUGGGGCUCCUGACCGAGGGCAGUGGGGAGAAGGCUGGAAUCAGGAAAUGGAAGGUGAACAGUGAAUCCCAGAUUGAAGCUAUGGACAAGGAGGAGGAGAAGGCUGGGGGUGCAAGCGCCAAGGAGCAGAAGGAGCCCCAAGAGAAAGCUCCCUCCAAAAAGAACUUUGUCUGCAAGGCCUGUGAUAAGAGCUUCCAUUUCUACUGCCGUCUGAAGGUGCACAUAAAGCGGUGUCGUGUGGCCAAGGGGAAGCAAGUGCAGUGUAAAGAGUGCAGUGAGAUCAAGACCUCCAAGAAGGAGCUGGAAAAGCAUCAGCUGGAAGCCCAUGGAGGGCCUGGAGCUGCAGGGACAGCGAAAAAGAAGAAGAAGCGGCUCCCAGUGACAUGUGACAUCUGUGGAAGAGAAUUUGCUCAUGCCUCAGGAAUGCAGUACCAUAAGCUGACGGAGCACUUUGACGAGAAGCCCUUCUCCUGUGAAGAGUGUGGUGCCAAGUUUGCGGCCAACUCCACCCUGAAGAACCAUCUGCGGCUGCACACCGGAGACCGCCCCUUCAUGUGCAAGCACUGCCUCAUGACCUUCACACAGGCCUCCGCCCUGGCCUAUCACACGAAGAAGAAGCACUCUGAGGGGAAGAUGUAUGCCUGCCAGUACUGUGAUGCGGUAUUCGCCCAGUCCAUUGAGCUGUCUCGUCAUGUGAGGACUCACACCGGAGAUAAGCCAUAUGUCUGCAGGGAGUGUGGGAAAGGAUUCAGGCAGGCUAAUGGGCUCUCCAUCCAUCUGCGCACCUUCCACAAUAUUGAGGAUCCGUAUGAUUGUAAGAAAUGUCGGAUGAGCUUCCCCACCCUGCAGGAGCAUCGCAAGCACAUUCAUGAGGCCCACUCCAGGGAGUACCAUCCCUGCACUACCUGUGGGAAAGUCUUCAGUGCUCCAUCCCUCCUGGAGCGCCACAUGGUGACCCAUGUUGGAGGGAAGCCAUUCAGCUGUGAGAUUUGUGACAAAGCCUAUCAGCAAUUGUCAGGGUUAUGGUAUCACAACCGGACCCAUCACCCUGAUGUCUUUGCAGCUCAGAAUCACCGCUCUUCCAAGUUCUCCUCACUGCAGUGCAGCUCCUGUGACAAAACCUUCUCCAGCACUACUGCUCACAAGAAGCACGUCAAGGCAGAACAUGCAGAUGUGAAGUUCCAUGAGUGUGAGAAGUGUAAUGAGCUUUUCCCCACGCUGGCUCUGCUGCAGGUCCAUGUCAAGUGCAGGCACUCAGGGACCCAGCCAUUUCGCUGCUUGUACUGCGUGGCCUCCUUCCGCUUCCCGGGGGCCCUGCAGCACCAUGUCACCACAGAGCACUUUAAGCAGAUAGAGAGCACCUUCACUUGUGGGCUGUGUGGGGAGCUUUUCGCUACUCGGGAGCAGCUGCAGAGUCAUUACAGCGCUGAGCACCCAAAGGUGACGUUCACGGAAUGCCAGGCCACCACUGCCCAGCUUGUGCAGGUGAUUCAGACAUCGGAGCAAGGAGAAGCAGCUGAGCAGAUGAUCACCUUGGACGAAGCCCAGCUUGCUGACUCCCAACUCUUUGUGACAUUGCCAGAUCCCCAAACUAACCAAGCUGGCUCGGAGCUGGUGGCAGUGACUAUGGAGGACUUGUUUGAUGACAAAGUAACUCUGAUUUGUGAAGAGGCUAAGUGAGGCAUGGCUGAGAGCACUUGGAGGGGAAACCACCAAGCUGGCUUAUCGGCUGUACGUACCGAAGUGUGCUGCUCUGGCAGUGAAAUUCUGGUUUUUUGCAGCAAAAAACUGGGAUAUGUGAGACUGGCAAAAGAAGUGACACACACUGCAGGCCCAGCACGUGUGAGAAUGUGAGAGAUUGGCAGAACUCACCCUGCUUGGAAGUCAUGGAUCCAGGAUGGCGUCCUUCCCUAGCAGGGGCGGUGGGCAGCAGCUUUUGGUUCUGUGGGAGCUGGCCACAUGUCCCUUCCAGCCCAGGUUUGAGUAAUAGGAAAAGAGAGAGAUGGAGCACAGCUAAGCAAAGGCUCUGCACAAGCAUGUGUGGGGAGCAGAAGAGGGAGAUGGAGGGAAUUUCAGUCAGUCAUAGAAAGAGUUAGGGGCUGCCCGUUCAAUAAUCAAGAACCAGACUAAGAGCUGCUCUCAGCUAUGUUGGGGUGCUGGUGACAGAUGCUUAUGGAGAAAUCAGAGAGUUUAAAGGCUGUACAUGGACACACAUGAUAUUUGCGAGAGCAUAGGUCUGUGUGGAUAAGGCAACUUCUGGUACACUGCUUCAUUUCUUCUCUUGCCCCCUCUCACAUGCUACACUGCUCUUGAGGCCCUCUGAUGUGUCUACACUGCAUUUUAAACCCCUGGCAGCAAGUCUUAGAGCCUGGGUCUACAGACUCAAGGUCACAGAGUUCACUCUACAGCACUAAGAACAGCCAUGUACAUGACUGGGCUUGAGCUCUAUCGCCCAGACAUACCCAUAGAAAAUUUGGCUGCAGUUGGGCCAUCCCUUUGGAUCUCUGCUCAAGCUGAAGUUUCAGGGGCAUUGCCCUAAGUGUCUGUCUUAACCUGACAAAGGGAAAUCCAAAGCUUAGUCAUGGGAAUGAAAAUAAGGUGUCUGGGGCUGGCAGCUGUAGGGUCUCAGGAUCAAGCACGUGGGACAAACCAUUGUGCACAGUUACAGGAUGUUGGGUCACCUCUCUCAGCAGAUGUAACAUAUCUAAUUAGCUGUCUGUUAUUCAGAAAGUGGCUGCUAAGCAGGUGGGAAUGGCCCAGCCUCAUUCUCUCCUUUAGUCAGGACCGUUAAGCACCAAUCUUGCUAACUUGGGGACUACGUGGAGCCUUGUAGGAUUUCAGCAAGUGGCCCUUGCCUUUCUCAGGCCGAGUCCUCCUGGGAAAGCUGGCUGUCCAUCCAUCCCACAUCUUGCAUCCCCCUCAGCACUGCACAACUUUUAAAAUGGUAUACAGGAAGCUCUAACCCAAAGUCAAAAAACACUAGCCUCCGAUAGCCCCUAAUAUCUGCAGCUGGCUCCGUUAACCUGUCUCCAGCAAGGGUUAGCAAUGCCUUGUGUAGGCAGAGCCUAAUCCUGGCCAAAUCACUGCCAAGGCUAUCAGAACAGUUCAUGCCCUACACUAAGUAGUAGGGUCAGACCCACAGCUGGACAGCUACAGCUUGUAGCCUCUUUGUAAGAUGACAAAGCCGCAAGAUCUCCCUGCCUCCUCUAGUGCAGCUGAAGCUGCAGUGUUUGAAGAGAGAAGUAGCUAAUCUGAGUGCUGUGGCCCAUCAUUUCUCAGGCGUUUAAUACUAUUACCGAUGAAUUGGCGCUCAUGCAAAUAUUUCUCUUUGAGCACAUAAUGGUUGCCAGAAUUGUACACAGCCAUUCCCCUGCAGCACACAAUACAUGGCUUUGUGAAACGCUUUCAGAUACCUUGCAUAAAGCUCGCUGUCUGUGCCAGCACAAUGCAAAACCUUCAUUGCUGUGUAAUGGCCCCUUUAAGAAUAAAUUUCACAAAGCAUUCUUA